CUGCUGAAAACAGAAUACAAGAAGAAGACGGAUGAGGAGGGACAGGGAGGAGAGCAGCAAGCAUGGCUGGAAAUCUGAGCAGCUCUGCUCCUAGAAGCGUGUCCUUAUCCAAACUGCAGGCUCUGAACGGCCUGUUUGCAAUCUACAAAACACAAGGACCAACCUCGGCGGACGUGUUAAACAAAUUAAAGGAAGCCUUACUGAAGGAGGCUGGAGUGAAAAACCCCAACCCGCGGAAAAGGAAAAAGCAAGAUUUGAAAAUGGGCCAUGGAGGGACUCUGGACAGCGCCGCCUGUGGUGUCCUGGUUGUUGGUGUUGGCAAUGGUACAAAAAUGCUCAGCACAAUGUUGGCAGGCUCAAAGAAAUACACUGCUGUGGGUGAACUCGGAAAGGCAACAGACACUCUUGAUGCCACUGGCACAGUGAUUCUUGAGAAGGACUUUGAGCACAUAACCAGAGUGGCCUUUGAAGAGAAGCUGAAAAUAUUCACUGGCGAUAUCAUGCAAGUUCCUCCACUCUACUCAGCACUGAAGAAAGAUGGCCAGCGCCUGUCAGUCCUGCUUAAGAAAGGUCACAAGGUUGAGGCCAAACCUGCAAGAGCAGUCACUGUUUACAGCUUGACCCUGCAGGAGUUCAAGCCCCCUCUCUUCACUCUUGAUAUUGAAUGUGGUGGUGGAUUCUAUGUCAGAAGCUUGGUGGAUGACCUUGGAAAAGCUCUGUCAUCAUGUGCUCAUGUCAAGGAGCUGACCCGCACCAAGCAGGGUCAGUUCACCCUUAAGGACCAUGCCUUACGUGAGGAACACUGGACACUGGAACAUAUCCUCCACUCAAUGCAGCCCUGCCCUGUGUCAGAGGACCAUUCAGACUGUAUUAAACCACCAGAGGCAGACACGAGGAGUGUUCAAAAUACCCCGGAGUAGUAAAAUUUAGAUACGGUUAAAGGACAACUUCACUAUUUUGGAAUCUCUGCCCUGUUUACUGAUUGUCUGGCAUCAUCCUCAGACGUAGAGAGCAUCAUUUCUCCAGUCGACAUGAUAUCGAUGCACUGCAGGUUCCCACUCAGCUGCAGCAGCGAUCAGUGGGGCAAUCAAAAAUGGUUUUGAAAAACUAAGAUAAUGUUGCUCUCAGUAAAUGGGAAGAUCAGUGAAUGCUCUUACCGAUCUCAGAAUGUUCCUCUGAAAACGGUAUUGCCAAUUAAGCAUUUUCUCAAUAGUUAUGGGCUUAGUCAGUAGUAUUCAUUUGGAACUUUUGUCUGAUUCUGCUGAUUUUUUUUUGUCUGGGCAGAGUGUAGCUACGGCACAGAAGAUUACAGUUUGAAAGGGUAGUGCUUUGUUUGUGAAAUAAAGUCGUCCUGUUCCAGGCGGAGCAGUUCUGUUGAUUUAAUGAUCAGCUUGCGGACUGUUUUUUGAGGAGAAUAUUCUGAGAGUAAACACCAAGCAUCUCGUUUCAUAAAAGCAGCCUUACCUCAACUUUCCAAAGCCACUUAGGAUUGCACCACUGACAGCUGUUAUAGUCGAGCCUGCAGCACAUCGAUAUCAGGAUCAUCACUGAGGCAGCUGGUGAAAUGAUGGUCUCUACAUCUGUGGAUGAUGCCAGGUAAUCUGUAAAUAGGUCCUAGGUCCAAAAUAGCAGACUCAUCCUUGAACAAGUACAUAGUACUGUAUGUUUCUUUACAAAUGUGGAGAUCCUGUCUGCCAUGGGUCAUCAUCGUGUGUGUGUGUGUGUGUGUGUGUGUGUGUGUG